AGCAUGGAGAUUGUUGAUGUCAACAAUUCUGUCAGUUUAUUGAGCUAAUGUCCAUUUUCUGCUAUUUCCGGAUUGUUUCUCUCCAUUUACAGCGUGUAGCGCUGUGCGUUUGGAACGAUGGUGUAGCUUUCGUCGCUGGGGGAAGCUAGCUUAGCUUUUGUCAACUCUCAAGCUAACCGAAUUUGGAUGACUAACGCCACUGGGAGCAUUUCCUUCGCGCCUCCACGCAACAACGGUGUUCGCCUUCGUUAACCUCGACAUCACCACAAUCCAGCUCCAGUAUCUAUUAGCUGGAGCGCACAACGAUAAAUAUGGCAACAGAAACAACGACAGCAGAUAGCGCUGCGGAAGCUAUCCUCAACCACUCGUCACAGCCCUACCACUUCCGAUUCUCAAACUUCCUUCGCGACACCUACCAGGUCGGUCUGCCUGGCGAUCGACCGAUAUGCAAAGCCUACCAAACCGGCAGCUGCCCGAAUGGCACGCGCUGCACCGAGAGACAUGUCACUGAUGGCAAAUCAACGGGCACACAAACAACAGGUGGUCUCAAUUCGCUUGUAUGCAAGCAUUGGCUCCGUGGUCUGUGCAAGAAGGGCAUUCCUUGCGAGUUCUUGCACGAAUACAACCUGAGAAAGAUGCCUGAAUGCAAUUUCUUCAUGCGAAAUGGCUACUGCUCUAAUGGCGAAGAAUGCCUAUAUCUCCACCUGGAUCCCAUGUCGAAGCUGCCUCCCUGUCCGCAUUACGACAUGGGCUUCUGCCCACUGGGACCCAUUUGCUCCAAAAAGCACGUCCGUCGCAAGCUAUGCCAUUUCUACUUGGCCGGCUUCUGUCCUGAUGGCCCUGACUGCAAGAUUGGUGCGCAUCCCAAGUGGUCCAAGACGCUGGAGCCGCCUACGGUUAAGACGGAGAGGAAAGAAGAAGACGUCCGAAAGGAAAUGAUGCAGCGCGCACGGGAGGAGGAGGGUCAACAAAGAGACCAAGACGAUGAUGCAGGAGGUAGAUUUGGGGGAAACCGUGGCCGCGGUGGCGCAGGCAAGUGGAGGGGACCUGGAAGAGGUGGUCGUUUCCGAGGCAGAGGAACGUACUAAGCAUAUGGUGUUUUGGGUACUGAUAGUUGGUGGUGGUGCGGCUAUCACGGGCAAAAGUUUUGGCGUUAGGAGUGUCAUGUUUGCAUUGUCUUGCACGAAGCACAUCGCUACAUUCGGGGCGUUUGU